CCAGGAGCCUUGGGACCCUUUGACCAGAAACCAUGCUGCUGUGGUUGACCCUCGCCGUCCUGUGGAGCACCCCCUGCUGGGCAGAUCAGAUGUAUGGGAAUGCAAGAGGCACGUACUUCAGCUCCACUCCAGACAAUACAAAUGACAUAUCUGGGAUCCGGGUGUCCAUAAGUCUUAUAGGCAUAAUUAGGAGUGUCCAGCUGAGAUAUGGAUCCAACUGGAGCGGAAUCUAUGGCGUCCGAGGUGGGUGGGCCGAGGAAUUCCUCCUGGGGCCAGAUGAAUACAUUGUAGGGCUGGUCGGCUCACACGGAAUCUACAUCAGCUACCUGGUUGUCUAUACCAACUUGGGGCGCUGGGCCCCAUUAGGGAUGGGAAGAGGCUAUAGCUUCACAGCCUCCCCGAACGAGCCUGGCAAGAUACUCACAGGAAUCUUCGGCCGGACCCACGGCCUUGGCAUCACGGGCAUCGGUUUUAAGUGGGACUAUCCCCUAGCUGAUCAGCCCCCUACACCAGCCCCCAUACCAGCCCUCUCCACCAGACCCAAGGAAUUUACUCAGCUUCACACAGCAUUGGCCUGUGGACUAUAA